AUGGCCGUGAAUGCAAAUGCAAAUCAGAUUGUUUUGUCAUUGGCAAAUAGACCAUUUCAAGAGGCGAAAGUAAACGGCAAGACAAUAUGUUCAGCGUGUUUUGACGAUACGAAUGACAUUAAAUUUUUCAUGGAAGAUAACGGCUUAACGCAGCAUUUUAGAGUGAAGCACAGUCACUUGGUGCUAGAUGAAGGCAUAACCAAGCAUUGUAAAAUGCUUUUCCAACACCUACAUGGCCAAGAAACAUCCAAAAUAUUAAAGCAACUAUCCGCACUUCGACUAAAUACGGUAAGAAUGUACUUCGCCAUUUUAUAUGUCUAUAAUCUUUUAUAUUAAAAGUCUUGUUUUGAUAAGACCUAAAAGUCUAUGUAGAAGUUUUCAAGCAAAUAUUUCAUUCAAUAAUUUACAUUUUACACGAGAAGUGUUUCAAUUGUAAUUUAAUAUUUUGUUUGGAGUUUAUAUACAGUAUGAAUCAUCAGGUUGGUUUAAUGAACAGACAGAACAGUUUACGAAAAUGUGAGAAUAUAGCUUGAGGAUUGCUUAAUAUAAUAAUAUUGUAUUACUGGAAAUUUAUAGUAAACUAUUGGGCCAUUCCAUUUAAAAUAUACAGACACUUCAAUAGUUGGAGCGCACAUCCAAUGGGGGAGAAGGGGGUCUUCAUUUUAAAUUUUCAUAUUUAAAGAGGAUAGCUUGAGAUUUUAAGAAAACGGCAAAAAAAAUAUGCAUUUUAGUGAUAUUGAAGAAGGGAAAAUGUUAUCUUAAAGGGGUUAGUAAGAUAUCCUCUGGGGUAACUUCCACAAUGACCACAAAUUGCAUCCAAUUGCAAUUGCAUCCUAAGGGGGAUUGAAGGGUGCCUAUAUUAAAUGGAAUGGUCCAUUGCUAAGAGUUUGGAGGUUCAAUAUUUUGUUCAUUUAAAUUUUUUCACAGAAAGGUUCGUGCAAUUCUAGUUCAGAAAUGUAUCAAGAAUUUUAUGUUGCACGGAUUGAUGAAAUUGACAGUAUGGGCAUGGAAAUUGCAGCCAAAUGCAGAAGAGAAGCAGCAAAGUUGUAUGGUUUGCUACUUAAACAUCACGGCCUUUUAAAGCAUUUGGGAAGGACUCCUUGCCUAGUUAAAAUUGUUCUAAAAGGAAACACUAACGACAGUCAUGGCCAGUGUUUUAAGUUAUGGGAUGCUGGAGAUAAAGUUUAUGCUGAAUGUUUUAUUACACCUAAAAGAGUAAGUUUUAUAUCAUAUAUUACAAUGCUAUGUAAUUCAUUACAAUGUUUACACUGUCAGGUACAAGUUACAGGUAUCUUCAUCAUUGCAGAAAGUAUAAAAAAUUGAAAACAAUGACUGGCAUUGGUGGGGAAAGCAAAAUGCCUGCAAUACUUGCCAUUACGUAUACAGACCAUAGCCAACUCCUUUUAACUGGUCCAUACCAAGACACAAGGUUAACAAGACACAAAGGAAGCUAGAGCCAGUAAGGUUUUUUAGGGUGGUGCUAAAUGAGCAGCCAAGCACACUGAACCCAUCUAACUGGCCAGCAACAUAUUGUCAUGAAAGUGCACCUAGUAUUAUCUUGGUUAGAAUUUACAGAUAUAACGUUGAAUAAACAUAUGUAAUUUAACAAUCAUAUAAAAUAUAAACUCCCAAUUCUCUUCAUACUGUGAUUGUAUGAAAGAGAAACUUUCCGAACUUACACAUAUUAGUAUUUUGAACCGUUGCUGUGGAGAUGCCUCGAAUUCCAACACUUAAGUUAGUCUAAGACUGAUAACAAAGCUUGAAUGCCUCAAACAUUAAAAAGUAAGAUAAAUUUAAUUUUUUUGGACCCCAGUAGAUCAAGGCCAACAGGGUCCUAUCCCCUAUAAAUCCAUCACUGCAAGGGAACAUUAUCAGGCCAUUGAGUGCCAACACUUUUUAUGCAUUAGACAGGAUUAAUAACCAUGCAAGUAGCAUAUGCCCUUCGUUACCAUUACUUUUUCUAAUACCAGACAAUGUUACUUGUCAAUGACAGAGUGCAUGGUACUAAUGGAUUUUUGUUAUUCCAUAUUACUGGAUAUUUCGAAAAAAUGCAGGCUACUUGGUUAUUAACCCGGUGUAAUCCAUAAUAAUUGUUUGCAAAAUUAAAAACCUGGUUAAAAAUGACUGAAAAAGUAUAUACAAGAAGAAUGUAUUGCACAUGGUUACAAUAAAAAUGGCAAUGCGCCUGGGUGCGCCCGACUUUAUUAUUUUACUAUGUAUAAUGCCUGACUAUUUUACUCUGUUUAAUGUCAGACAAUUUUACUUGUCAGUGGGAGAGUGCUGCCACUCAAUGGGUUAAAUAUAUGUAUAAGUUGGACUAAAAUUAGGCAGGGUUAAGAUGAAAUGUAGGAAUAAAUAUUUAAUACAAAAGAACAGUUAGACAGUAUCUAUUUUCAAUAAGUUUCUAUUGUUUUUAUAAUAACAAAAAUAAUCAACAGUAACCAUUAUUUUGAUACUAGGUGUAAUACAUUGUUAGAAAAUGAUCUCAUCUACUCAGAUUCCAUUAUUUGUAUGCUUUAUAUCCUAUAAACUGUCUCAUAGUGAGCUUGGUAGCAAUUAGAGUGAGUUGUCUGAAUCAUUAGUACUGUAUUCUCUACCGAAUAUAAAGCAUACUAAUAAAGAAUUGAAAUAAUUCUUCAUAGAUAUGAUAAUUUUCUAAAACCUAUGAGUUCCAAUUACCAUUACCAAUGUUUAAUUACUAUCCUUGCUUUUUUAUUGUAGCACACAUGUCUACCAAAACAACAUACUACUACAGCAUUACCCCAUGACUGGUUAGAUGAUGAUACAUCAAGUAUGAACUUUAGCGUGAAAGGUAAAACUCUAUUAGAAGUGCUCCAAAGCGUUUUUGGACAUCGAGAUUUUAAACCUGGACAAGAAGAAGCAAUCAGAAGUUUAAUUUCUGGAAAAGACACAAUUGUCCUCAUACCCACUGGAGGUGGAAAAACUGUGACAUAUGCACUUCCAUGCAUUAUGACUCCUGGUAUUGCUAUUGUUGUAUCACCUCUCAUAAUGUUGAUGUACGACCAAGUGUCAAGGCUGCAAAAACAUGGCAUCAACACAUGUUAUUAUAACACUAUGUUGAGUGACAGUGAAAGGCUAAACAUUCUGCAUAAUUUGAAACAAUCCAACUGUCAGUACGAGUUUGUGUUUGUCAGCCCAGAAGCUGUUAUAACUGAUAAUUUUCUAAGUUGUUUAACCAAACUUAGCAGUGAAGGAAUGUUGAGCUUUUUCAUUAUUGAUGAAGCACAUUGCAUCAAUACAUGGGGAACAGAAUUCCGACCUGCAUACCAGCAGUUAAACACUUUACGGAAAUUUAAUGUUCCAGUUGCUGCACUAACUGGCACAGCAACAGAACAAACCCUGGAUGCCAUUAAAUCAACCAUGCAGAUGAACAAUCCACUGAUUGUACGAAUGCCAUGCAGGAGAAGCAAUUUAGUGUAUUCAGUUGUUGAAAAGAAAGAGACCAAAUCCAAGCAGCAGAUAUGUACAAUCAUCACAGAAGAAUAUCCAGAAACAUGUGGCAUAAUAUACUGUGCAACUCAGUCAGACACAGUGGAAAUGGCAUUUGUUCUGAAGCAACAUGGUGUGACAGCCACAUUCUACCAUGCUGGAGUGGAAAGUGGUGACAGAAUGAGGAAUGCGUCGCUUUGGUUAAGCAACAAGGUGAAUGUAAUGUGCUGCACUAAUGCUUUCGGUAUGGGUAUUGACAAAAAAGAUGUACGGUUUGUCAUGCAUCAGUCAAUGCCUUCAUCACUUGAAGAUUAUGUACAAGAAUCAGGAAGGGGUGGUCGUGAUGGCGAGAACUGUUAUUGUACAUUACUGUUCCGCUUUGAAGACCGAACAUUUCAUCUCCGCAACCUAUCCAACCUAUCCAGAUUGACUUUAGAACAGGAGAAAGAAAACAAGAUCCAUCUGCUAAACUCCAUAACAGAGUUCUGCAUGGAACAUUCUGUAUGUCGGCAGCAAGUCAUUGCAAAAUAUUUUUCUGAGGAUGUAGGAGAAACGUGUAAAUCUUGUGAUGUGUAUCAAAAAGGAGUUGUCCAUGAGGUCAAGGAUUACACACAAGAAGCGAAAAAUGUUAUAGAAUGUUUAUCAAAUUUGAAUUCUUUGAACUCCAAAGUCAAAAUUAGUCAACUGGUUAUGACAUACAUGGGUUCAAAAGCAAAGGGGAUCAUUGCCAAUGGAUUCCAUGCUGUUCCACAGUAUGGUAAAGGUAAAACCACUUUCCAUAGCUGUACAUAUCUCACUAAAUUUGUACAGCAUCUAAUUUUUAAAGGACUUGUAAAGGAGAACAUACAAAACAUAGAGAAUAGGAUUUCUCUAACAUACAUAGGAGUUGGUGAUGUUGUUAACUUGCUCAAUAAUGAAUGUAAAGUAUUCUUUUGA